CCAUUGUUUGGCUCAAAAGACCAGCUGCUUGCAUGGAUGGGUUCUCUUCCCACCGGACCAAAAUGGUGUUCAACAACACUUGAAAUAACAGGCUAUCCAACUGUCCAACCAGUACAGCUCAUCUGGUGUGAUGGCUUAGAAGUAGUGGAAGAUCUCUUCACCAAUCCAAUUUUCACAAACCACAUGACAUAUGACCCA